UGGCAGCCCCUCUAAUUAUUCACCGCGACGUGUGUUUAGCUCUCCGCGGAGGGUGCGUGUGUGCGUGCGUGCGUGCGUGAAUGAGUGAAUGAAUGAAUAGCGCAGCUCUCCCCGUGUGCCCAUAUUCAUCACUCGGUGCUGGUUCAGGUUUCAUUCUGGGCUCAUCGGCGUAGCCGUGUCGGUUAUUGCGUCGCUGAUCGGGAUGUCGGAUGGUUGUGUAGUGUUGUGCUGCUACUAGCUAAGAGAUUCGCUUGCCUUUGUCGUAGUUUUUUGCCCCCCUUUUUUUUUUGCUGUUCUGUGUCGAGUUGGCGAUUCAGCUGCAUUUUGUCAUCUUUUGUAUUACGAGAUUCGUAACGAGGUGUAAGAGUUUGCAGCUCAGGGGGAGAGAUUGGUUGAUAGCGACUGGUAAUCGUGAGUCUUCCGAUGCAUUUCUGGAUUGUGAGUGAUAUGGACGUGCGUGAAGUUGACUGGUUCUGUUUAUUUCCUGUGAGUUGCGAGGAUCUCUCAGAAACAUUGCACACACUCUGUUCAGUGAUCAAAGUUGCCACGGCGAGAUUUGUUCGUGGCUAGUUCUAUCACCGCUGAUUAUUCUGUUUUGCGAUCGACAGUUUCAUUAAGAACCCAACGUGCAGAAUGUACUGACAAUCUUCAGGCUUAUUGAAGAGACUGAAGUUUGCUCAGUGGUUCAGUGAUUGUGAUCACUGCUGGGACACUCGGCCGACACCUGAAACAAUGCUGAGACCAAACUGACCAUCUUGUCAGCUCUUUUUUCGAUGCCGUACGAGCUUUAGGAGCGGGUCCAGAGACUCACUAUCGACGUUUGUCAAACUUUCAGCUGCGAAGUUGUGGCCAUGUCGUUCUAGAGCUCAAGGAAAUUGGAACACUACAAGUCUGUACAGGAAGUUCAGUGUUUGGUUACACCCUUGAUCAUUGAAAGCUUCGCUUACCAACAUGGCGUCACUGGAGGGUUUGAUUAGUUUUCAGAGCUCGGGACAGAGGAUUAUUGGCGAGCCUUCAGUUCCGAGGCCCAUCGGGGUCCAGCAGGGAUCCGUUCUCGUCGUCCUGGAUGUUAAUAAGGGCGUGACUCCAGCUGCUAUUUACUGGACGCUUGCGGAUGUAGCUCGAAGGGGUGACAGCGUCAAAAUUCUGGGGAUUAUCACUCACAUUGCAAAUACCAUGGGGUUCAUGAUACGAGUUGAUCAAUCGACUCGGACCAGUCCAAACAUAAUGGAGCUCCAGUUUGAGAUCGCCACCAAGAAGGAGGCCAUCUGGAGAACGGCUCACAUGAAAGAGUGGUGUCAGAGAGCAGGGGUGAACCUGGAUGUCAAUGUGAAAGCAGGAAACAAUCCUAAAGUGAUUGCAAUUGACGAAGCCAAGUCCAUAGGCGCCUACCACGUCGUACUGGACAAGCACAUGAAGAAAGACAGGAAAUACUUCGGCGAAAACCUCACUUGUUUCGUCUCCCGAUUGCGCAGCAAUGGCGGAGUGGAGACUAUACGGUCCUUUGAAAUGAGCAACAAGCUUCCGCCCAUGGCACCUACCACAGCCAAGGGAUCUUCGCAAGCUGGUCACCUAUCCAAGACAUCCGUGAGCUCCAAUGCCUCCUACCGUGGCGCGUCGUCCAUGUCGUCCAUAUCAUUCGAACUCGGUGGAGAGUCGAGUGUUGGAGAAUUUAGCUUCCAUGAAGGCGAUCCGCUGUCCGCAUCAAGUGUUGGUGAUUCCAUGGACCAUCCUAUGUUUCUUACGAUUCGCGCUUCUCCCCAGAAGCAACCCCCAAAUCUGUACAACCUUCUGCGUGGGCCAGUUCUAGAAUCUGGUGAUAUUGGUUACAUGAACAAUCCCUUGCGCAAACCAGCUGUUCACAAGUGGUUGAAAGAAGAUGAUCGGAUCAAUGUGACUGAGCUAGACCGGAUCAAUGUGUAUGACCAGCAGCAAGGGCUCCUGACCCCUAGAGCCGAGUUUCGUUUCGACCAGGAGACAAUAACGCCCAGAAAUGAACAGAACAAUAAUCCCAAUCACUUGGGAAGCCACACUUGGAUGUUGAACGGACAGUUGAAUGUAGCCCCCGAAUUUGGACAAAGCAAAAUGGGCCGGCAGUCACUAACUGCGACGUUGCAAACCCAAGCAUCCUUUAACAAUGGUCGGAAACACUUCCGGCCGGACAAGUUGAGCAUGGACGUGCUUUGGGCCCUUGUGCAUUGGGCUGAUCGCAGCCAAAGCGCGAGACUGCGGCCUCAGCAGUUCCAAAGCAGUACAAUUACAUUGAUCUCCAACAACUCCAUGAACAACUUCCGAGCCGCCGUGCGUAAAAGAGUCCCUGUAUCAACAGGUCUAAACUACAAUGACAUGGUGGACUCCGAUUAGUUUCCUGGUCCCUCCAACUAUUGUAGGCAAGUACCAAUCAAAAUCAUCUCUGCUUUCUCUGCUCUUUGUCGCAACAUUCUCAUGUUUCACUUCUGAGCAUGUCCUUUCCAGAUUACUAAUUGUGACAAAAAAUGAAGCCAACAGUAAGACUCAGGUUUCGAGCAGUUGGCGUAUAAGAGCAUGUUAUUGUGGUUGAAAACCGUUAGAAUAUGGUUUCGAUUAACAUGUAGGCGUUCUGAUUUUGACAAAAACAUGUCACUUCAUCGCAGGAAGACUAGACUCUCUUUAGUAGCGAUUAGAGCAAUUUCACUUUUGUUUCAAGAAGGAGCUGUUGAGAAUCACCUUCCGAAAGCCAGCAUACGUCCUGUUAUUCUUUCACAACGGCCCCUUUAACAUGUGGCCAUCCGGCCACUAGACCACUGGUUGCAGCUUCCUCUUGCACGAAUUGGGAGAUGGGCCGGCGCGCUCCAGUGUCGUGCCUGAUAGAUUUCGUCAACGAGCAAUUUGGUCCACUCCCUGCUCCGCUCGAAGACAACUCCUACCAGCUUCGGAACUUUCGUGGACUGAAAAAGCAACUAAUCAUCGCCCCUAUUCUUCAUUCAGAAGAAUUUUCUCUACUGAGGUUGUAAAAUUCCCCACAAUAUGAGCUCUCGUUUCCUCGGAAAGCUUAUGCAUGGAGGGAUGUAGCCGCUUUGGUUGCAGGGUAAACUAAGCUUUGCUUGUUUGCCCUUUAGUGUGUUGAGCAAAGGAGUUCGCGUGCAUCAAAACAGUACGCAUUUUUGUUUUUCAACGCAUUCAAAUCACGGCUUUGAUGCGUGGUUUUGCUCCAGUCGAGCAGUAGAUCUGCAGUGAGUCAACCUGUAGUUCGGAAGAAUGGGUAUCCAGUCAGGACCAACUAUGUGUUAACUAGCGAGUUUGGAACACAAUCUUACUCGAAGACCAGGUCUCUCUUGCUGACAGUCAAUUGUAAUACAAAGCUGCAACUUUCA